GCUGCAGAGAGCAGAGCAGUCAGGUAACAGUCACCAUGGUCGGCACGCUGCUCCUGCUUUGGAUCGGAUUCUUCCUGUUCUUCUUCCUCUACAGGUCUCAGAGGCCCAGAAACUUCCCCCCAGGUCCACAGCCGAUACCAGUCUUUGGGAAUCUGCUGCAGUUAACCUUGGAUAAUCCCAUGGAGGACCUGAAGAAGCUAUCAGCGCAAUAUGGGAAGGUGUUUUCUUUAUAUUUUGGAGGAAGGCCUGCUGUGGUAAUCAAUGGCCUGCAGGCAAUGAAAGAAGCAAUGGUCACCAAGUCUGUGGAUUUCGCAGGCAGACCCCAAGGUCUCCUGGUCAGUCACGUCACCGAGGGAAAAGGUGUCAUACUGGCUGACUAUGGUCCCAGCUGGAGGGAACACAGACGUUUUGCCCUCAUGACCCUCAGGAACUUUGGUCUGGGGAAAAAGUCAAUGGAAGAGAGGAUCCUGGAUGAGAUUUCGUAUGUUAUUACAUGUUUGGACAGAAGUGUUGGACGGUCCAUGAGCCCACAGACUCUAUUCCACAAAGCUGCUUCCAACAUAAUCUGUUCCAUCAUUUUUGGAAUUCGAUAUGAUCAUGACGACAAAUAUCUUCAGGAAAUGAUUCGUAUGUUCACAGAGAAUACCAAAAUUUUCAAUGGACCAUGGGCUAUGAUCUACGAUGCUCUGCCCCUGGUCCGCAGCUUCCCACUGCCUUUCCAAAAGGCUUUUCAGAACACUGCUGUGUUGAAGAAGAUGGCUGCAGACAUGAUCACUCAACACAAAAGCACGCGUGAGCCUGGAGAGCCACGGGAUUUAAUUGACUGCUAUUUGGAUGAAAUAGAAAAGAGAGGUGACAAAGACUCUCCUUUCUGUGAAGACCAAUUAAUAAUCUACAUUCUGGACAUUUACAUCGCUGGGACAGACACCACCUCCAACACUAUGCUGUUUGCUUUGCUCUACCUUAUGACCAACCCAGACGUUCAGGCAAGCUGUCAGCAGGAGAUUGAUACUGUACUUGGGGAAAAAACCACUGUGUCUUAUGAGGACAGACACAAGAUGCCCUACAUACAGGCUACGAUCCACGAAGCUCAGCGUCUCUCCAACAUGGUUCCCCUCAGUGUCUUUCAUUCUACUACCAAAAACACCCAGCUUAUGGGCUACAACAUCCCUAAGGGGACCCUCAUUAUUCAGAACCUUUCCACUGUCCUGCAUGACGAGGGCCACUGGAAGUUCCCCCACGACUUUAAUCCCGCCAACUUCCUGAAUGAGCAGGGCGAGUUCGUGAAGCCUGACGCCUUCAUGCCCUUCUCCGUGGGUCCUCGUGUUUGCCUGGGGGAAAGCCUGGCCCGCAUGGAGCUGUUCCUCCUUUUGGUGACUCUGUUACGCCGUUACCAGUUUGUUUGGCCUGAGGAUGCCGGGGUGCCGGACCUCAGCCCUGUCUGGGGUGCGACGCUGUCACCAAAACCCUACAAACUGGGGGUCAGGCUCAGGGGAGACAAGACAGGUUGAAGACGUCAUGGAAGCCAUUGACUACAUACCAAGCCUGACUCAUCACAAUAAAACUAGUGUGUUAUAUUCGACAAAUCUUUGUGUUUAGAUUUAAAAGAAAGAUAAAAUGAGCAGAGUAGAAUAAAACUCUAUUCAAAAGAAAGUCAAAAGCUAUAUGAAAUAAACAGAGAUCUUUAUAGGUAUCAGUGUCCUAUGUCCUAAAUGUUGUAUUUCAGAAGAACAAUUGGUUUGUCAACAUCUAACAACAAUAAUCACGAGAAAAUUAUUUUGUAGCUCGAAAAAAAGUUGCAAAUGGAUUUAAUAAGAAAAAUUGUUAAAUUAACGUCAGGCAGUUGUUUAAGUAACAAUCCAUUGACUUCACAGAUUCGUCAAGCACUAUCUUCUUUAUAAAGUCUUGAUAACAGAAGAUUUCUGCAGAAAACUAUUAGGUCAGUCUUUAAUAUUAUAUUACACAUUUCAAAUUUGAAAUGAACUGCAUUAGAUGCUCAUGUUACUUUUCUGAAAGAAACGUCACAUUUCUGUUUAAUCUCAAAUCUCACUGAACGCAGCAUUAGCAACUAAAUUCUACAGUAGCCCUGUUGUUAAACUUACCACCUAUGGUUAGAAAACGUUACCAAACAGCAUUAACCACUAGACAGAAAUGAAUUUGCUAACAAAUUCAUGGUGAAAAUAGUUUUUAAUUAUUUUGUGGUAAUUUAUUUGCCAAAACGUAAAGUAUCUGUCCGUAAAGUAUCUGCAUUAUUUCGUCUCCUCCAGUUUGAAUUACUUAGAAUAUCACUGAAAUAAACUUGUUUGUUUGUCCAUAUUGACCUAUAUUUUUCCCCUUGUUACCCCCAAUCCUACUCUUUGUCCCUAAAGUGCGAGGUGUGAAUGAAACAUUAUCUAGUGGAAGUUUUUUGGAAUGUUUGCUCAGUUUAGAUUGUUUUGUGGAAAAAGAAUGAUAAUGGAUUUUGAUCAUUGGACCCUUUUGAGGCGUUUUGCCAAUGAAAUAAAUAAAACACUGUUGCACUGAUUAGGUUGCCACUCCACAUACCAAAUUGACAUUACUAUAUACACUGCCCAGCCAACAAAAUUGUCACCAUUUGAAUUAAAAUCAGCAAGUACUUAAGAGCCAAUGAUUGGAUCAUUAUUACAGCUCAGCAAAAUUAUGCAGCAAUAAAGUGAAAUCAGCUGAGCAACUGAAUAUCCUGAUAGGCCAGGUUAUCCCAUCAAUGGAUUUUUUCUUCCCUGUUGGCAUGGGCAUAUUCCAGGACGAUAAUGCCAAGAUUCAUCUGGCUCGAAUUGUCAAAGAGUGGUUUAGGGAACAUGUGGAAUCAUUUUCACACAUGAAUUUGCCACCGCAGAGUCUUGACCUUAACCCCACUGAAAAUCUUUGAGAUGUGCUGAAGAAGACCUUAUGGAGUGGUUCAACUCACCUGUCAUCGAUACAAAAUCUCAAUGAGAAAAUAAUGCAGAUCUGGAUGGAAAAAAAAUGUUGAGCUGAAAUUCGGGCAAAUGUUAAGUGUGCCCUCUCUGAAAACUAGACAGGAUUUGUGUGGUAUUGUUUUGGUGUUUCACUAAAAUGAAAUUAAUCACUCAAAUGAACUGUCUCUAAUGAAAAAUAUCUGAAUUUGUUAGUUUAGAUUUGUUUUAUCAUCAUAGAGCAGAGAAACACAGCAUGGCUUUGUAUGUAAACUUAACUCAUUGAAGAUCUUGCAUCAUAACUACAAGUUGAUCAAUAAAAGGCUAUAAAAGUA